AUGAUUAUUGGUUUCCGAAAGUUCAUCGACUACAUUCGCGAGGAUGGUAUCAUCUUAGCUGAUGACGAUGAGACGUCUGCUGCAGACGAGGACGAUGACUGGGAGCCAACUUCUACCAGUGGCCCCGGACCCAUGCCAGGUGUUGAAGAAGAGGAAGACGAAGAGGAAUCAGACACAGAGUCAUCUCCACGCCUCCCACCCAACCAAAGAUUUCCGGCAGUGCAUCAAGCCAUCAAAGACAAGAUUGAAGAGCUUGGCGGUGCUGUGGCUCCCAAGCUCAACUGGUCAUCGCCCAAGGAUGCAGCCUGGAUCUCGCGGCAUCAGAACACGAUGAAGUGCACCACUCCAAACGAUGUCUAUCUUCUCCUGAAGAGCUCAAGUUUCGUGAGCCAUGACCUUGAGCUUGCUUUUGACGGGACGGCCCCCUUGCCCCAAGGUACCCCUGCUCCUACUGGUCUUGGAUUCAGUCCCGUGCUAGUCCUGCGGUCAUUCUUCAACCCACACGGUGCGCUCGAGUUUAGGUGUUUUGUCAAGCAGAGGAGCCUGGUGGGCAUUGCGCAGCGAGACUUGAACCAUUACCCCUUCCUGGCCAAGCUGCGAUCCGCAAUCAUCACAAGGGUCAAGGAGCUGUUCGACAAGAAGCUGCGCUUCACGUUCCCGGAUGGCAACUUCACCUUUGACGUGUACAUUCCCGAGGCAGGCGACAUUGAAUCUGAUGACGAGGAGGAGGGCGGCAGACUCAGCAGGGCCCGGCUGAUUGACAUCAAUCCCUGGGCUCCAAGGACUGAUAGCCUGCUGUUCGACUGGCAGGAGCUCCUCGAUCUACAGGUGCCCCGGCCGCUGCUCGGCACGGGAGGCCAAGAGCCGGCGGGAGAGACAGAGGAUGAGACGACGACCGACGAUGACGACGCGGACGACUACGUCCCCGAGCUGAGGAUCGUGGAGAAGGAUGACCCGUCCGCCUACAACUUUAGCACGCCGCAGUACUCGGCGCACAAGCUGCCGAAGGAGGUCGUGGAUGCGAGCAUGGGUGGCGAAGGGGGACUGAGAGAGUUUGCGCAGCAAUGGAAUCGCAUGAUGGAAAGGAGAUAG